AUGGACCUACCUGCUGGGAGCACUCCUGAGUAUCAGCACUGGCUCACACACAAAGACGUGUAUGGGCCCAUCAGCUCCAUUACCGUGCUUGGACAGACCAUGGUUCUCAUACACGACAGAAAGCAAGCUCACGAGUUGCUCGUCGAACGUGCCAACAUACACUCGGGCAGACCUAAGCUGAAGUUUGGCUUCGACAUGGUUGGAUGGAACAACACUAUGGCCGGACUGCAAUGCAACUCCAUCUUCAAGCUGUACCGGAAGUAUGCACAUCAACAAUUGGGAUCGAAGACCUCCGUCGAGAGAUACAAUGAGGUCCAGGAAGUCUCUGUUGGUCGCUUCUUGUGGCGCGUCAACCAAGACAAAGGAGCAGCCUUGACGCAACAUCUCAAGACCGAGGCCGGCGAGCUGAUCCUCAAGGUGGUCUACGACUACACUAUCGAGCCAUUCGAGAAGGAUCCACUUGUCGAUCUGGUCGAUGAGGCCAUGGAGCAAUUCAGUGAAGCUACCAUCCCCGGAAGAUGGAUGGUGGACAUAUUCCCUUUCCUUGAACACGUUCCAAGCUGGAUGCCCGGAGCUGGCUUCCGCAAGACUGCUGCGGCGUGGAACAAGACUCUCCGUAAUGUGGCUGACUUACCCUACGCCUACGCUAAACAGCAGGGCAAAAUAAAGAGACUUGGUCAAGCAGACUUCGUCACAAGAUCACUCGAGCAGGCACAACGAGAGAAGGAGUUCGGGGCAGCAGAAGAACAUGCCAUCAAAUGGACUGCGGCGUCCAUGUACACGGGUGGUGCUGACACCUCCGUCUCCACUAUGAAUGCCUUCUUCCUAGCCAUGAGCAUGUUCCCUGAGGUCCAACACAAAGCACAAGCAGAGAUUGAUCGUGCAGUCGGAAACAGUCGGCUUCCUACUGCCAAAGACCGCGACAAUCUCCCUUACAUCAAUGCUAUUGUCGAGGAAGCACAACGAUGGCAUCCCAUUGCUCCCAUGGGACUUCCUCAUGUGACUGACAAGGAGGACGUGCUUCAAGGCUACCGCAUCCCCAGGGACUCGCUUCUUCUUCCAGCAAUCUGGUCGUUCACUCGUGACCCUACCGUAUACCAUGACCCCGAGUCUUUCAAGCCUGAGCGUUUCCAGGCGCCCUACAACGAACCUCCAGCCACCGCAUUCACCUUUGGUUUCGGUCGCAGAAUUUGUCCCGGCCGCAUGUUGGCUGAUGCCUCGCUAUUCCUGACUUUUGCACAAUCCCUAGCCGUCUUCAACAUCAACAAGGAAGUCGAUGCUGAAGGCAACGUGGUGGAGCCCAUACAUGAGUUUAUGAGCGGUAUCGUGGCUUACCCCAAAGCUUUCAAAGUAAACAUCACCCCAAGAAGCCCAGAGCAUGAAGAGAUGAUUGAGAAGGUGGUUACGGAGCAUUCUUGGCAGGAGAGUGACGCUAAGCAUAUUAAUCUCAAGGUCUGA